AGAGUUCUCACUGUGGUUUCUCCUAUGCAGACUCGUUCUGGAUGAAUCCUCAGAUAGUGAUCAAGCUGGAGGAGGAGGACGACGACCCGGAUGAUGGAGAAGUGGGCUGCAGUUUUGUCGUCGGUCUGAUCCAGAAGAACCGCAGGAAGCUCCGGAAACAAGGAGAGGACAUGCACACCGUCGGGUUUGCCAUCUAUGAUCUUCCCAAACAGUUCUACGGACAGAGGGAGGUCCACCUGGACAAGAACUUCUUCCUGACCCACGCCCAGACCGCCAAGUCCGAGACUUUCACCAACCAGCGGGAGGUUAGCACCCGCUUCAAGCUGCCGCCAGGGGAGUACCUGAUCGUCCCGUCCACCUUCGAACCGCACCUCAACGGAGACUUCUGCGUCCGGGUGUUUUCCGAGAAGCAGGCUGAGACCCUGUAAGACCCCAGACGCCCCAUGGUGUCUGUUAGAGACCCCCAUUGUGUUCGUUAGAGCAGGGGUUUCCAAAGUGGGGGUUGCGACCCCCUGGGUCGCGAGACCCCGAGUGAGGGUCGCGAGAUGAUUACA